CUGUCAGAGAGGUUUUGUUUUUUAUUUCUCCUGUGAAUUGUGUACUCCUUGCAUUUGAUUGUUUUUUUCGUGAAAAUUGUGCAUUUUCAGUGUAAAAUUGUGAGGAAAUGUGUAGUGUGAAUCCCAAUUAAUAUCCAGAAAAUCAAAAUUGGAGGAAAUCUCUUGAAAAUCAGAGGCUCAAACAAUGGCACCGGGAGCCAAUAGUAAUGCCAGUGGUGGUCAGGGCAACGCAAAGCGUCAGACGGGCACUGUGCCAAAGACAAAGGCAAGAAAAAAAUCGAGUGUUCCGCAGGAGGUUGUCGUUCCAACUCGUCGAGAUCUUCAGCAGCAUUUAAACGACCUUGUGAAUAAUCUCCAGCAGCAACCUGAGGACGUGAGUUUGAUCAGAACGAGAAAUCGCCGGACACCUGGUGAGGGAGGUUGCUACGAAUUGGAAAAUAUUUCACUACAGGAAAAUAGUCGUUUCAUACCCGUUCGGCCGAUUUUGCGUCGAAAUGUGCUCCACGAUGAUCUCAAUGAUCCAUUGAGUGGUGGACAUAAUUUAACAAAUCCUGCUGCAAUUGGCGUAGUUAUACCAACAACGCCCAACACAGUUAACGACACCCCAGUGAGAUCAACUCCUGAAGUUGGUCAGACCCAGAGAAUACCCGACGGAAGUGGUCAAAUCUUGCAGAAUCAUCUGCCACAGAGACAUCCAGCAGCACUGAAUGAACGCAAUCUCUCAUCCAUUCGUGGUAACAUCGAGGAGCGUUUGAGUCAAAUUCAGGAUUACAUUCAAAUCACCUCUGGACUCAUCAGUUCAAUUCGCACAGAUAAGUCAGCCGAGAGGAUGGUGAACGUGGAUCAAACGGCCGAUCCUAUUGAUUCCACUAAUUUGGAGACAAUCGCCAACAGUGGCAGUGAAUCAGAGAUCAACGGUCCACGACCACAAUCUGUGAGUAGUAUUCACUCCAGCGCUCCGGAUACUCCAACCGUGGAGGAUCUGCAACAGAGAUUGGGCACGUCGACGAGGAAUAUGCAGAAUAUUAAGGAGCAGCAGCAACAAUUGAUGAGGCUUCAGCAGGCAGCGAAGCAGCAGUUGCAGGAGAUGGAGCAAAUAAGGGGACAGCAUCCCAUGUCACAGGGAUUGACACAGGCUGGACCGCCUAAUUAUGAUUCCGUGGAAGCUGUGCAGGAUGAUGUGACGAAUUUGAUGACGAGAAUGCAGGCUUUGACGAAUUUUAUCCAUGGGCAGAAUGAUAUGGCGUCCCUGUUGGGGGAGGAUGCAGCUGUGGCCAUGGCUGAACAGGCGAUGUUGCAGAAGAAACUGCAGGAGUUGAAGGAUCGCAAGAGUCAGAUGGAGAAGUUGGUGAGUGAGCUGCAAAAUAUGAAUGUGGAAGCUGACAGGGCUUUUGCGGAAAAUGGACAGAAUGGUGGGAUGAUGAAUGGGAAUGAAGCUGCGAGAAUUGUCCCAGUAUCUCUCGAGAGGAUUGUUCCCAUUGAACUUCUGGGAUCUCCGGCUCCAGCUCAAGCAGCUGCACCUCUUCAACCGUCCAAUACUCAGAGUGACAUUGAGUCUGAGACGGAAAAUGCCGAGCUGGAGGGCAUGGAGGAAGCAGAGGGAGGGAAUAGUGUGAUUGGUGAGAAAAUUGCUGAGAUUAAUGCCAUGAAGGAUCAAUUGAAUCGAUUGAAGGACAUGAUGGAAACGGUGAAGUUGAUUGAGAUGAAGACGGCAUUGGGAGGUCCGGAAGAAAUUGAUGAAGAUGCCCAAGUGAAGCCCACGGAAACUCCAGAGCAGCUCAACAAUUUGUCCGGGAACCAUUCAGCUCCGGCGGCGGCGGCAGCGGCGGCGGCGGCUGGUCAAAAAGUGUCCAAUGCGGAAUUCGAUCGACCGCAACGGGAUGAAAGUGUCCUGAGUGAUCGUGUCCAGGCUCUGCAUGCCAUGACACAGGAUCUUCGGGCUCAAGCGCUGUCCCUGGUGUCCGAAAGGGAGCGCCUGAAGACCAUAAAAGAUGAAAUGGAACGUCGAAGAGAUGAGAUGCUAGAGAAGACAUCAAAUCAGAGUGGCAGUACGAUCCGGGAAGUGACUCCAGGGCCGCAAGAGAGAGAGCAUCAGCGUCUGCAGGAGGAGUAUGAUGCCAAGAGGAAGGAAUAUGAGAAGAUUGUGGAAAAGCUAGAAGCUGAACAGAGACAAGCUCCAUGGAAUGCACCACCACCGUCAAAUCCAGCGCCACCUGUCCAGCAGCCUCCCCGGACAAAUUCCGUACGUCCCUGUGGCACUUGUUCCAAGCAAAUGUCCACAGAGUCCACGGAAAGCACAAUGCCCAUUGAUGCAGCCAGUCUGAAGUCCGCGAGCACCAAGAGUCUCCAGCAAAUCGGAAUGGACAGGAGUGCAGCCAGUGGAGCCAGUGGAAGUGUCUGGAGGAAGACAUCCAGGGACAAUGUGGAAAUGUCUCCAGGGAAUGCUACGCCACAUCCAUUGUCAAUCCCAACAAAUCACUUUUCGCCCUGCAACUCCUUCUACGCCGGUCCCACGCAGAAUUUCUGCCCACAAAAUCAUCCAGGAUGCAAUGUGGAUCAUCAGAGUCCUCAAUGUCAUCAUCAUCAUCUCGCUAAUGAACCUUUCUACGGAAGUGUCUAUACUGGAAGUCGUGGAGAUUCUCUGCUCCUCCAGCAAUUCAUUCAGACUCAGCAGAUGCUCAUCAACUCCGUUUCCCAGUGCAAUCAACUUUUGUGGUCCCAGCAGAGAGAGCUCAACAAUCUCAACAAUGCAGUUUUAUUGCUCCAAGAGCGUCUUCUGAAGCAAGACGGUCAUGAGAGCGCCAUUGUUGCAAAUUCAAUGAGGGCAGAAUCAGUGCCCCCAAAUGUAGCCACAACAUCAACAGGCAAUCAAAUAUCUUCCUUCCUGCAACGAGCUCAAUCUGAGCAGCCCUCCUUCUAUGCCACUGGCCAGAAUCAAUUUCCACCGCCAUUGUCCCCAGUGAGAAUUUAUCCCAAUUACCAGAAUCAGAUCUUGAGGAAUCAGGCAGCAAAUUCUGUCGGUGGAAGCAAUAAUUCAGUGAACAAUCGAGUGGCCAGAGUGGCGGGAAAUGUUCAGCAAUCGCCGGCAAAUGGAUUCUAUCAGAAUGGUGGGGGCGGAGAUGGUGGACAACAACAACAGAGUUUAUUUGGCAAUUUGAAUCCCUUUAGCAAUGCAAAUAAUGCAAAUCAGGGCAAUCAGCAACCAGUUUUGCUGAAUAACAAUCCCAAUUCGAUUCUCAAUGCCCAAACAACAGCAACGCCCAUCUUUAUUCAUCACAAUAAUAAUACCAGCGGAGGGAAUAAUGCCAAUCUGCAGCAUCAUCAUCAAAAUGCAACAGUGACUAAUACGGCUUUUGCCACGCACGUUCCACCUCCGGCUCUCAACAAUCAAGUGGCUCCGGGAAAUAGAGCCAACAACUACUGGGACAACUUCAGAAGCUACUCCCGUCAGAAUUUACUGUCGGGAAAUAGUUGCAAGAGCAAUGAGGACUCUUGCAGUUCAUCUUCGUCCAAUUUUCCCUUCAACACCGAACAUCGUGGGCCAAAUUUACGCAAUCAACCCAAUUUACCGGUGCUGGAAAAUAAAUUUGACCAGCAUAGGUUUAGGAAUGAGGUGAAUCAGGGUAAUUUGGGAACGAUGCAGCAAUCAAUGGAAGUUCAACAGGAUCCAGCGAUGAUUCCUGAGUCUUUUGGUGAGAUCAAUCCACUGAUAAAUCCAUCAGAUGUCUUGGGAUUUCACACAAAUCCCAUUAAUUUGGGUGUUAGUGAAUUCAGUGCAAAAUCCAAGACACAGUCCAAAGGGAAUGGGAAUAAGAAACGUUCCAGGCGCACCAUGGAUCGCAAUAUUCUGACAGCUAAUCCGGAUGGUGUUGCUGGAGAUGAUAGAAAUCUGGCAAGUGCUUCGUCGGGACGCAAUACAAAGUCCACGUCGAAGUUCUUUGAGGAACUGAAGGAAAACGUCUAUCUGGAGGUGUCAGCACUAAUUGCAGCCAAUGAAUUGAGGCCGUAUUUUCUAAUUCAACUGUUCAGGGAUCUGCAACUGAUGUCAUCGGAUCCAAUGCGCCAGCAGACCCUUCAAUCCAUUCAAGAUCUCUACAAUCGCUACGUUGAGUCGACGAUUCAUGAAGAAGCUGAAGCCUAUGGAUCCUCCGGAGCCACAAAUGCUGCUGACGCAGAGAACAUCAACAAUGUGCAGCAGCAGGAGCGACAGGAAGAUGCUGGAAGGGAGCAAUUCGACUUUCAGUCAUCUACUCAAAGCACGCCAGCACGCUCAGCUGAGAAUCCCAUCCAGCCGGACUAUGAUAUGUUGCGAAUUGUGGCUCAAGAAGUGUCUGAAUAUCUCCAGACAAUUGAGGUGGUCAAUGAAGCUGCCCUCCAACGAAUUUCCAAUAUAGUCCUGACACACCUUAAUAACUCAAUCAAUGAAAAACUCACCCUCAAUAAAUACUACAUCAAUCAGGAGGAUUUUAUGCAUCACUUGACCACAUUCAAUCGUUCUGGGAAGGAGGAACUUCUGACGAGCAUUGAGAAUUACUUGACUGGCCUCAUGAUCCCUCCAGCAGCUCCAGUUGCUCUCAAUGAUGCAUCUGAAUGCGCUGAAGGGGCUGUUGGGGGAGACUUGGCGUCACAUCCAGCCGAAAUGGAAGGCUACUUGCAGAUUGUGACGCCACAGAGACGAAGUGAAGAUGAUCUUGUGGAUGUUGCCACGGUUUUUGGCAGUGUGCCGUGCAAUGGGGACCUUGCAGAGGCCGAUCAAGUGUGCAGCAGUGAGAGUCUCUACGAGGAGGAAGUGCAUACGACACAAUCUACUGAUCAGCAAUGUGAUCAGCGACGUGACGAGGAAAGUGUCUGGAUCUCAGAUGAAGAAGUAGAAAUUCUGUCAACAAAUGGCAACACUUCAAAUGGUGGCGAGGGAAAACAUUAAUUCUUUCCUCAAAUGCGAUGUGAGAAGAAGAGACAGCCUAGUGAUGAAUCUCUAUUUUAUCUGAUAAGUCACUUUUAAUUAAUUCAAUUUAGAGGUAUAUAUGGCAUUUAACAAUAGAUAACACACAGAUAUAAUUGUAUCUUCCCUCUUCCACAAUAUAUUUAUCACAAAAAGAAAAAAAGAAAAAUAAGCAUCUGUAGUGGUAUGAUCUUCUCAACAGUGUAAGAGAUUAAAUUGAUGUUGAGUAGAAAGGAGAGAAGUGAGAAUAAAAAUAGUGAUGUUUUACUAUAUAUCGUGUAAA